AUGACGCGGAACCACGACAUCCCUUUUGAGACUGUCCAGCUGGUUGGCGAAGACAAGAAGCUGUCCGAGCCCCUCCCGCUUGCGCCCAUCAUCGAGUCGAUCGACCUGGCCACCGAGUCGGUCGUCUGCGUGCAGUCCGACCCACCCGUAGUCAAGAUUGUCAAUAAUGCCGAAGAGAAACGCAAGGAGCGGGAGAGGGACGAGCGGAUCCGCCUGUCGAAGCGCCUCGCGAUCGACGACAAGGAGCUGCAGAUGGGAUGGGGCGCCGCGGACGGCGACGUGCAGCACAAGAUCGAUACGGCCGUCGAGCUGCUCAAGAAGGGCGACCGCGUGCACAUCGUGUUUGCGCUGCGCGCGAGCUCUGGCGGCAAGAAGCAGCGCGUGCCCGACGAGCGCAAGAUGCAGAUCCUCGAGAUGUUCGAGGAGGGCGUCGCGGACGUGGCCAAGAAGUGGAAGGACGACGAGCAGAGCCGCGGGCUGUGGAUCCAGCACUGGACGCCCAAGGAGAGCGUCAUUACCGAGGCGCGCGCGAAGAUUGUCGUCGGCGGGGUCGAGAAGCGCAAGGCCCGCGACGAGCGCAAGGAGGCGCGCAGGCUCAAAGAGGAAGAGAGGGCGCGCAAGGCCAAGGAGCGGCAGGCGGCCGAGGUGUCCAAGUAG